CGAAUGUCCGAGGGCAAUACCGAAGCCCAACACAACAUUAUGCAACAACGGAACUCAACUAUGUCUUCAGGGAGCGUGCCUAUUGUCCAUAUGCGAAAAGUACGGGGCCACCGAGUGCACCUUGCUCGAGGAAGAUUUUCCCAAUACAGACCUAUGUCUCAUAGCAUGCUCCGAUCCUAGGGGAGACAAGGAGUGUCACCCUAUGUGUCACUUCCCGAACAUGCGAGAACACUGUGGAAUCCGGAUGAUGCCUGGAUCUCCGUGCAACGAAAUGCGAGGCUAUUGCGACGUCUUCCAGAAGUGUCGUCUCGUCGACGCCGAGGGUCCGAUCUCUAGGCUAGAGAGUAUCUUGAAGAGUGAACCUGCGCGUUCGGUUACCAACCUCAUCUCGGACCACAUCAUUAUAAGCAUAAUUGUACUGGUUGGGAUCGUGGGAACGCUCUUGGUGUGUUUCCGUCUGUGUGAGGUCCACGCUCCCACAAGCAGUCCCACUCAAAGGCCUGUCUUGCCUCUCAAGGACACGCUGAAGCACCUAAACCCACACGAGGCUCUUGAAGGCGCUCCACCUGAUGCACAGCGAUCGCCACAGGCCAGUGGAGACAACCAAGUCAACCAGUAACUCUGUAGCCUUUUCCCUAAUGGCUUUGCAUUUGUAUCUGAAUACUUCAAUAAUACGCCAUACUGAACAAUA